AGCUGUUGCUGCAUACCAUAGCGUUGUCAAACGACAAACUUGAGUCUGCGAUCUUGGAUCUGGUUAGAGCCAUGGAAGAUGAAGCCGGUGUAGAAGAAAGCACACGAAGAGCACAGGAGAAGUACAAACGACUAUUUCAAUUGGCUAGAAAGCAGC